CCUCCAGGGCUCUUAGCGAGUUCACGGUGGGACAAAGCGCAUUACUGGCAUGUCGACGGGAUUUCUGGGACAGACCAACCAGGUGGUACAGCACAAUCCAGCCAGAGCAAUCAGCGCAUCAUACAGCGACUGUCAGUCCAUAGCAAUGAACACGGUCAGCAGUCCUCCACUCGGAUGUCAUUCUGGAGAUGCAGUGACAGGCUGGGGUCUUUUUGCAAGUAUCCAGAGACCGAUAUCGGGCCACGUCGCCUACUAAUACUAUGUCUCAAGGUCUAAUUCUCGUCGAUGCGCCAGCUACAGAGGCGCCCAGCACGGCCUCGUCAUCCUCCCUACCAAGAUUUCAUCUACGCUUCCCAGUGUCCAACAACCGAGGCGGUCUCGUCCUGCCACAGCUGCUUGAUACGGCCGAGCGUUCGCUCUUUGAAUGCCUGCGAAGAUUCUUGUCCCAUGCAUGGCACUUUGACAUUCUGCUCGUAGACGGGACCCACACCAUCGCCCCUGAAACUUUCCUCUAUCUUCUAGUAACUUCCACGUGGGAGACAAAUCUACAGAAUCUUACCAGAGACAUCAAACGCAUCAGUUUCGAAGAGGUCCGGAAGCCUAAUGCUGCGAUCAAUGAUGUACUUCAUGAUCGACGCAAGGACCUCAUAUUCCUUCGCGAACAGGUCGCCCUGGGAAAGUCUUGGAUACCACGGUCAGUCGCAGAACAACUUCAGGCAAUUCAAGCAGCGGCAGAAAAGCAACAGAUACACGUCGGAUUCCCCCACGAAAGACUAGGAGAUGUUCUGGUGCAAGCCCAGUCUCUUGAGAGAUUCCUUAUGGACUCGUUCAGCCUCCUAAUCAGCUCGACAAUUGUGCUACAGGCAACACUUAGUACUGAGCAAGCCGUGCGCGGGCAGAAGCUCACACAACUGGCAUUCCUAUACAUACCUUUGUCUUUUGUGACAGGCGUCUUUGGAAUGAAUGUAAGAGAGAUCAACGGGUCGCCUCUGUCCAUUUGGGUGCCAGUAGUGGUACUGGGUGUCACGUUGGUGCUUACAGCCGCGAUCUUCACGAGCCACGGGUGGUGGGAAAGAAGAUUCGUCAGGAGGAUAUAGAUGGAACUGUUUCAUCUGAUUUUGAUAAGGAAGAUUUCAAUGCGACGUAUAAGGUGACACGUGAAGCAACAGCAUUCCGAAGAAAGCAAGAAAGCCUGAAUACGU